AUGGCGGCUAGACUCCUCUUCGGUGCUACCCGGAGCUGGGCCGGCUGGCGGGCCUGGGAGCUUCCGGGCGCCGCGGCUUCUGUAAGACUACAUGUACGCGAUUAUGCCAAGAGACCGGUUUUUAAGGGCGGCAAAAGCGGCAAAGGUGCUGCGGUGGGAGAGACCCUGAAAGACCCCGAGGUGUGUACAGACCCCGUCCGGCUCACAACGCACGCCAUGGGUGUCAGCAUCUACAAGGAGGGCCAGGAUGUGGUCCUGAAGCCGGAUUCCGAGUACCCCGAGUGGCUGUUCCAGAUGAAUGUGGGCCCCCCCAAGAAGCUGGAGGAGCUGGACCCGGAGACCCGGGAGUACUGGCGGCUGCUCCGGAAACACAACAUCUGGCGCCACAACCGGCUGAGCAAGAACCAGAAGUUCUAG